AUGACUGACAUGACAGCUGGAGUUCACGGCAGCUCUGCUAUCCCACCCCGGCAAGGGUGCUGCCACACAAGCCAUCAACCAGCACCGUCAGGCAGCUCACCCCCCUGGACAAGGCACUGCAAUGCUUCCGUGAAAAGAAGAAGGCAGGAAUCACCACGAGCUGAGCCGCAGUCCACGUGCUCUGAGGAAGGUGCGAGGUCUUCGAGGCUGGCGAUGGAUCUCCCCAUGGCAAUGCAGGCAGGGGGCCGGUCACACCGCAGCGCACCCCGUCCGCAGCAGCCGGGGAGCCCGGGUCUCGCCGAGCAGCCUCGGCUCCUCGGCCAGGCUCAGGCUCUCCGGCUGCGGGAGGAGGGGUGCCCGGGCAGCGCUGCCCGGCCUUCCCGAGCUGCCCGCAGGCCCGCUCCGCACUGCGGGCUGCCGGCGUACGUGCGGCGCCGGCACAGGCGGGUCCCACCGCCGUGUGGCCAUCGCCGCUUUAAGGCUGCGGAGCGGGCCGGGGAAAGCAGGCGGCCGGGUUCAUCUGAGGACACAGCCCCAGUUCUCAGAAAUCCCCGCGCUGCGGGAACAUCGAGCUCCCGUUACCGCAGUUGA